AGAGUUUGACAGAGGAGUCGGAACGCGUUGAGUUGUUGAGGAAAGGAAUCGUUUGGCGAGUUGGGCCACUUUCCUUUCGUUUCCUUUCCUCUGCUUUUCCAAAUUCCAAACUCCGAACCAACCGUCAAGAAGAAAAUUCGAGACAUACAUCUCUUCCUUCUACUUGAUCUUGCCCUAGAAUCUAAAUCUAGCUCAUACUCAUAGUCCCCAAUACCAAUUAACAAUUUAGCAAUCACGCGAGCUUUGCUUUCAAAGCUCGCUGAACAUGACCCCCUUCUCUUCACCCUCGCUUUUCUUCUUUUCACUCCUCAUCUUGGUCUGUGCAGUCCGAUCUGAGCAUGAUUCCUACGCCGGGGACCGCGACCGCGACCGCGACGUAGAUCUCUGUCCUGCCUCCAUGCCCUCUUCUUGCCCCGUCAAAUGCUUUAGGACGGACCCGGUCUGCGGCGUUGAUGGCGUUACCUACUGGUGUGGUUGCGCCGAUGCUUUGUGUUCAGGCGUCAAGGUCGCCAGCUUGGGAUUCUGUGAGGUCGGCAACGGGGGCUCUGCUCCUAUUCCCGGCCAGGCCCUCCUUCUGGUGCAUAUUUUGUGGCUCAUCAUCCUCGGAGUUUCCGUCUUGUUUGGACUCUUCUGAAUCUUCCGCUACUUCCCCUCGUCUUGCUGUAUGAAUACUUUUUUUUUCUUUAAUUAUAUUAUUAUUCCUUCCCCCCUACACAAUGUUUCACUUCAAAAUUCUUAAUUAAUUUCAUCCUAUUCUUUUUUCUACGACUCAGAAUUUUGCUUCUUAUUUCCUAGCCUAGCUACCAUGUCUGCAACUGCAAGAUCUGUUCUUCUGCCCUAGCCAAACUUUUAUGUAUUGCCUUUUCUUUUCCUAAACUUUCAAUCAUCAUUGCGAAAUGUUGAUACCUUCUUUUGUGGCUAAAUAAUGCGCUGUUGAACUCAAAUAAAAACCAUAAUGAUAAAAACGGCUGCCACCUCUGGAAAGAAAAACCAAGCCAUGAAUUAAAUAUUAUGCCCAUACAUCCAGGUGCCGAUUUGAGUGGCUAUGGAGUUUGGCUUUCUUUUCGGUUGGUGCCUCGACUCGAGGGGUUUGGCGACUAUAGUUCAAUGUGUAAACUUUUCAUGAUUUGCAGUUUUCUGAGAAUUUCACAAAGUCGAACCAUAUAUGGCUAGGUGUUAUCUGGUGAAUGAAAGAUUGCCUUUUCAAAUACUUGGACUCUUUCCGAUUGUUACCUGAGUUUAUGUCGUCUGUAAGGAAUAGGAUUGUGGAAGUUAUGCCAAGGUGGGUUGGUUGGGUUCCCUGAUAUGCAUUCUGGGUAUCCAUUGAUUAUGUUAAUUACGACUAUAAUGGAAGUGGGCAGAACCAGAAGCUUCAACCUGAGAUGGCACCUCCAACUCCAGCUCUGUAUUUCUCCUUUGACAUUACUUAUCAUUUAUUUUACACAUGGUGGUCCGGUUCAAAAAGAGGAAUGAGGAGAUUAACAUUUGUCCUGCUGUUGAGGGCUUGAGGGCUUGAGGGCUUGUUUUACCCCCUUAUCCAACUGAUUAAUAAUAAAUUGCAUGCGUAUAACUAACAACUUCAAAACGUUUCUCAAAAUAAAUAAAGAUUUCUGUUUAUUCAUUACCUGUUUGGAAUUUGUCCACGCAUAUUAAUCAGACUUCACAAGGUAGAGGAAAAUAGAAAAAAUGGGUAGACGUGCUUUGUGUAAGUUGAAUUGAAUGGCUUUAGAAAUAUUUUUUGUCGGAAACAGAGAUCAUAUCCGAACCGCUUAAACGCCACUGAAUCUGAAGAAACAAUACUGGAUUGAGAAUGUAUUCGGAGUGGCCUCGGGUACAACUUCCUCUCCCCCAAAAAGAACCCCCCCAACCAGAAGGAAAAAAAAAA